AUGGGCAUUCAUGAUGUGUCUCACACAGUUCAAAAACUGUGGAAUGGAUGGGAGCUUCGCACGGUGAUUUUGCUCAGUCUCUUUCUGCAAGUUUUUCUUAUACUCUUUGCGAGUAGACGAAAGUACACGGCUGGAUUCUUGCUCGGAAUUCUUGUUUGGUUAGCAUAUUUGUCAGCAGAUUGGGUGGCAACUUUUUCAUUGGGUAUCCUGGCUCAAAGGCUUGGAGAUUCAGAAACAAAUUGUACCAAUUCAAAUCCAGGAUUGAUCCCUGCAUUUUGGGCACCAGUCCUCCUUGUGCACCUCGGUGGCCCUGACACUAUCACUGCAUUUUCAGUGGAAGACAAUGAAUUGUGGUUAAGGCAUCUGUUGGAGCUAGGAAGCCAAGUUGUUGUGGCUUUUUAUGCCUUUUUGAGGUCAUGGUGGAGUAAGGAUCCACUGUUAUUUGUAGCCAUUCCCAUCUUUCUUGCUGGAAUGAUUAAAUAUGGAGAAAGGAAUUGGGUUCUUAGGUCAGCAAGCUCGGAGAAGCUCAUGAGGUCCAAAUAUAAAGAGAUGAAUGAACUUCGUUCCCAAUUUAACCGAUUUUCCAACUCUGAGUUCUUCGAAAUGACUGAUGAACAACUGAUUCAAAAACUAGGCUUGAGUGACAUAAUAUCGGAGGCUAAAUUUCUGCAUGUGGCUAAUUUGUUCUUUCAAAUGUUCGGGGUACUAUAUGCGGAUCUCGUGCUUUCUGAUUCUAAUCAUUUGGCUAGUUAUCUUAUCCUACGAAACAAGACUGCCAUAGAAGCCUUCCACAUAAUUGAAGUUGAGAUGGGAUUCAUGUAUGAUGUGCUUUUUACAAAGGUGUCGAGGAUUCGUUUGUCACACAUCAUUCUUCGUACUGUCAGCUUGUUAUGUUUUGUUUCUGCAUUACUUGCCUUCUCACAAGGUAUGCCCAAAAACAACCAUGGCUAUUUAACAACCGAAAUAACUGUAUCAUACUUGUUGUUGGUCGGAGCCAUCAUUAUUGAGAUUUAUGGAGCUGUUUUUCUUCUUUUCUCCGACUGGGCUAUGCUUUGGCUUAGCGGUCAAAAGAAGCCAUUGUUCAAUUUGGUGUAUCGAACGAUUUGUUCUUCAUGGUUCCGGUCAUUUCUUCACAAUAACAAAAGGUGGACCGGAUCAAUGGCACAACACAACCUGCUGAGGGCUCAAUUAACUGAAAACAAAUGGUUCGACAUUUCCAUUAAGAAGUUGCUUGGAAAAGACAGCAUUCAGAGUUGGGAGGUUGUGAAUCCUGAAUUGAAAGAAUUGAUCUUCGAACAACUUAAAGAUAAACGUUCAAGAUAUAGUUAUCGUAUGCGUGCUUAUGAUCCUGGGAAGAAUGAUUUACAUGAGAUAUUAUCAGAGAGGGGUGAUCAGGUGAUUGGAGGAGAGAGAUGCCUUGAAAAGUUUGGGAUUGGUAAGGAAAGGUACAAGCAAACCUGCCAUGAUGUAUCCAAUUUCUCUACGGAUUUAGAAAGCAUCAGCUCUGGUGGAAGUGAUUUGGAUCGAUUUAUUGAGACUUUGGAGCAAGGAAGGAGUCAAGUGUCGGGGCUGUUCGAUGGUUCCAAGCUGGCCAGGGAAUUGCAGUCACUUGAGACGCGGGAUGGUUGGGAAAAUGAACGAAAGUGGAAGAUGAUAAGCAAGGUUUGGGUAGAAAUGUUAACUUAUGCUGCCAGUCAUUGUGGAUGGAAAGAGCAUGCUCAAUCACUUACACGAGGUGGAGAGUUAGUCACUCAUGUGUGCCUUCUCAUGGCUCAUCUUGGUCUGAGUGAGCAAUGCUUAACCAAUUGA